AGGCGCGGAUUGCUGAGCGCCACAUCGUGUGCUAUCCGCCUGGUUGAUAUCCUGCGCGUUGUUGGGCUUUGGAAACCGCUUUCUUGAUAAAAAAACUUCUAUUUUUUUCCUGCUUUGCACGCUUCCAGAGUCUAUUUGCGUUCGUGUUUGGACGUAGGGAAGUUACUCCGAGUCUUAUCAACAACCAGAGCUUUAAAAAGUUAGCAGCGAUGUCGGGUGUUGUGCGAGGCCCAGCCGGGAAUAACGACUGCCGAAUUUACGUCGGUAAUCUGCCCCCGGAUAUUCGCACCAAAGAUGUCGAGGACGUGUUCUACAAGUACGGGACGAUUCGAGACAUCGACUUGAAGAACCGGAGAGGGGGCCCGCCUUUCGCAUUCAUCGAGUUCGAAGACCCGAGGGACGCCGAUGACGCGGUCUACGGACGCGACGGCUACGACUAUGACGGCUACCGGCUGCGUGUGGAGUUCCCCCGGAGCGGCAGAGGCUCCAGGGGAGGCGGCUACGGCGGGGCCGGUGGUGGAGCCCCCAGGGGCAGAUACGGACCUCCUUCCAGACGUUCUGAGUACAGGGUUGUUGUUUCAGGUCUUCCUCAGAGUGGCAGCUGGCAGGACCUGAAGGACCACAUGCGCGAGGCCGGUGACGUGUGCUACGCCGACGUCUACAGAGACGGAACUGGAGUCGUAGAAUUUGUCCGCAAAGAGGACAUGACCUAUGCCGUUCGAAAACUGGACAACACCAAAUUCCGUUCGCAUGAGGGAGAGACUGCUUACAUUCGUGUGAAAUUAGACGGUCCCCGCAGCCCAAGUUACGGAAGAUCACGCUCCCGCAGCCGUGGCAGCCGGAGCAGAAGCCGCAGUCGCAGCGCCAGCCGCAGUCGCAGCAAUUCCCGGGGUCGUGGCAGAGCGUCGCCCCGCUACUCGCCUCGUCACAGCCGCUCUCGUUCCCGUUCCUAAACCCCACAAAUCGAUGUUGUGCCCUUUUGAUGUAUUCCUUCCUGUUUUUACCUCUUAAGUUUCUCCGGGUGUCAGCUGUUGACUUUUAAUUUUUGCUUUUCUUGUCCUGUUGUCCUUGUGGAUGAUCUUGGUAUGUAGAUGCACCCUCUCCCCUUUUCCCAUCCCUUCUCUGCUCUUCCCUUCUCUUUCCAGCUGCUUUGUCCUCUUGUGUUCCCCCCUCUUCCCCCCUUCUUUUUCUUCCUGUCAUCACAGAUUUCGCAACAUUACAAACUGUUGUUGAACUUCAAAAACGCUGAGCUGCAACUUGACGUUUUUGCAAGUGUUAAAAAUCGAACAUUUAUUUUGUUUCGUUUUAUUUUUAGUAGCCUCUCUUUGGAUAUGUGGGGUGGGCCAUUUUGAGUGGGAGCCCAAUACUUAACUGUAUUUUACCCUUGUGUCUUCCUUUAGACAUCUGAGGAGAAGGAUUAAAGUGAUUUGGAAUAAAACCAUUGUGGAGCACAUUUCAUUUGUAUGGUCAGGAUAGGACAUCUAGGAGCAAUGAGGUCGAGGCAAUGGUAUGCUUCAUAUUCCAUAAACUGAACAUUUUGUUAGGUUUUACCAUGUCAUGCAUGUUAUUUACCAAGGACACGUGUGUUGUACUUUUGUUAGACAGUCUGUAA